CUCUUUCCCCACCCAUGGGCGCAGGUGAGCCUAACCUACCUGUCUUUUGGAAGAUUUCCGAACACGGAAGUUUUGGAGCUGCCACGGCUCAUUUCACUGCUGCACCCGUGGUGUGUGUGGAGCGGAUCGCCUUCCCUGGUUUGACUUUUUUGUCGUAGAUCGCAGGGAUCGGUUCGGGCGGUCAGUGUGAACGACCCACUUUCUUCUGGACGUCAGGAACCAGGUUUCCAGCGGGUGUCCGACCCGAUGGCAUCCGACGGACAGAUGAAACCGAGCGGGGCGGCGGAGGGAGCGGUGCUCGGGGGAAGCCACGGCAGCACGGAGACGCUGAGCUCCUCCGCUGUUAACCGUCUCCUGAUGGAGUUUCUGAUUUACUUCGGCCGGGCCAUGUUCGUCCUCUACCCCGUGUACCUGACGGGAUACCUGGGGCUCAGUGUCAGCUGGGUGCUGCUGUGCAUGAUGAUGGUCACCUGGUGGAAGAAGAACCGCCAGUGGAAGGACGCCCGGAUCGGAACCGCCAUCGACUUUGUGGACAAUGAAACACAAGUGGUCCACAAGGAGCUGCAGGGUGCCCUGCAGAUGGCAUCAUGGGUUCACUUUUCUGAUGUGGAGAAAGUUGACUGGGUUAACAAGGUGUUGGAGCAGGCCUGGCCUUUCUUUGGGAUGUACAUGGAGAAGCUCCUUAAAGAAAAGAUAGAGCCAGCAGUCAGGCUCUCUAACUCCGCCCUCAAAACGUUCAAGUUUACCAAGGUCCACUUCGGACACAUACCUCUCAGGAUCACUGGGAUGAGAGCGUACACGCAUGAAGUGGAUCAGAGGGAGGUGAUUCUCGACUUGAACAUAUGUUAUGACGGUGAUGUGGACAUCGACGCUUUGGUGAAGGAGCCGAUCACAGCAGGAGUCAAAGGACUUAAACUCAAGGGAAUGAUGAGGGUCAUUUUGGAGCCGCUUAUUGGUGAAGCACCGCUGGUGGGAGGAGUCACUCUCUUCUUCAUUCGACGGCCCACUCUUGAAAUCAACUGGACCGGCAUGACGAACGUUUUGGACUCCCCGGCCUUCAGUUCACUGUCUGAGGGAACCAUCGUGGACAUCAUCGCCUCACUCAUGGUGCUGCCCAACCGCAUGUGUGUUCCCCUCAUAGACCAGGUCAAAGUGGACCAGAUGAGGUUCCCGCUACCUCGUGGAGUGGUGAGGGUCCACCUGCUGGAGGCCAGAGACCUGGUGGCUAAGGACACGUACAUGAUGGGUUUAGUGAAAGGCAAAUCAGACCCCUACACAAUACUCAGAGUCGGCAACCGGCAUUUCAAAUCCAAGACCAUCAAAGAGAAUUUGCAUCCCAGGUGGAACGAAGUGUAUGAGUUUGUCGUCCACGAGGCUCCCGGACAAGAGCUGGAGCUGGACCUGUUCGACGAGGACACGGAUAAAGAUGACUUCAUUGGAAGGUAUCGCCUUGAUUUAGGAGAAGUGAAGCGGGAGAAAGAAAUUGAUCAGUGGUUUCCUCUGGAUGAUGUUCCAAAUGGAGAAGUUCACCUCAAGCUCCAGUGGUUUUCACUCCAGACCAACCCUGCCCUGCUGAUGGAGUCUGAAGGCGGCUUUGCGUGUGCUAUGCUUGCGGUUUACCUGGACAAUGCAUCAAACCUACCAAGAGACAGCAGUGAGAUCACCGAACAUCAGAAACAUGGAAAGCACUCGAAGGAAGCUCGGCUCACUAAGAAAACUGCCUGCCCGAACUCUCUCGUGGAACUAUCCAUUGAUAAAGAUGUCCAGAAAAGCAAGAUUGUGUUUUCAUCCAAAGACCCGGUGUGGGAGGAGGGCUUCACCUUCUUCGUGCAUGACAUCAAAACACAGCAGCUCAUUGUUCAGAUCAAAGAGCCGCAGAAGAAGACUGUGCUCGGCGUUCUCAACUUGCCCCUGAGUCGCCUGCUCAACGUUUCAAACAUGGCUAUAGACCAGCGCUUCCCGCUGGAGCGCUCCGGAGCGAACAGCCAGAUCAAGCUGAAAGCUACGCUCAGGAUUCUUACUCUGGAAAAGCCUCCGCCCAAGACUGUCCUCAAACCUCCUCCAGAUGUCAGACAUCGAGGACCUCAGACCAACCAAGGAGUUAACGGACCUGGAUCCACUCCCUCCGCCGCUGUCCCCGUCCCACCCGCAGCCCAGGCAGCUGGUCUCCAGAAUGGCCUGCAUGACAACCCUUCGAGUCACGGUCGCGGCUCCCUGCCGUCUGAAACGUGGCGGUCACCUCCACCCUCACACAUGCGUCGCUUUGACUCCCACAGCCUGCUGUCGGACAACUCCAUCGCUUCGUCACGUUUCGACCUUACAGAGGGGGCCUCGUUUCCAGAAGCCAUCAGGAGACAUCAGGGUUCAUUUGGGGAGAUCCACCUGACUGUGCGCUACGCCACCCUGAGGAACAAGCUCGUCGUCAUGGUUGACGCCUGCAGGAACUUAUUCCCCUGCAGUGAGAAUGGCACAGACUCUUAUGUCCGCCUGUAUUUGCUCCCUGAGCAGUCCUGGAUACACCGCAAGAAGACGCAUGUCAAGAAGAGAUCACUCAAUCCGGUCUUCAAUGAAAAGUUUGAAUAUGACGUGUCACUUGAGGAAGUAAAAACCAGGAAGUUGGAUGUGUCAGUGAAAAAUAACAAGAUGUUGCACACUCGGGAGAGAAAGGACAUUGGCAUGGUGAUGGUCGAUUUUGCACAGUUGGAUCUAACCAAAGGCGUCACAGACUGGUUUGAGCUCACGCUGCCUGGCCUGAAGAAUUCCGCUUCGCGAGCAGAACUUUAAAACUCUUGUUUGGAGCUUGAAGAGCAGCUUCUCAGCCACUGCAAGGUCUGAUGAAUGCUCUGAGAGGUGCAUGUCAUUUUGUCUUCCUUGUUAUUUCGGACAGGAGUUGUGUUUUUCCAAAAAAAGCACAAAACCCACCUCAGAUACUGGACAUGUUCGGUGAUGUAUGUCAAAAUGUGUGUGAUCAUCGGCACUUAGUAUUCCAAACAAACACUCCUGCUUUACUUGGAAGAACAUGUUGAAGUUCAUCUUGUCCCACUUACAGAUCUUCCCCAUGAUCUAACAUAACAUUCAGAUUCAAAUACUCAGUCUUUUAAACAUGCUUCAGUAUCCCAGAUAAUGUUGGCAUAAGCACUGUAUAGUUUUAUGAUCUAGUUUAUUAUAGGUUAUUUUGUUUGACCAACACAAACCAAAUGAUCCUGAAUAAUGUUACUUUUAACGUACUUGUUUCUUUUCUGCAAUUCUUAGCAUUUCUACUCUGUCGGGAGACAAGUUGAUGUGUUUAUUUUGGAUAUAUUUUGUGAGAGGUUUGGUUCUUGGGUUGAUCUGAACCAGAAACUUUUUUAGAUUUUCAUGUAAAUAGUUGUGUUGAUAUUCUUAAUGUAAUAUAUAUAAAGGGAAAUAAAGGAAAAGCCAUGCAUGUUUUUGUU